CGCAAGGAGCUCGGACGGUUUCCAAAAAUUUAGCAGUGAGAGCUGCAGCGACGACGCCAUUGAGAGAGGGGAUUCCGGCCAUGGAGAGAGGUAGGGGCGCCCGCACAUAAACCCGUCCUUUUUACGUUUUGCGUUCCGCACGUCUGCAAUCGAGCUUGGCGGAUCCGGCUGAGCGGCCGCCUCACUGGGGCCCGGCCCACGAAACGAGCGAGCAAGAGGGCGCUCCCACAAGGCACUUAAAGGUACCACCACCACCACCACAGCCACACAUAUACACCUGUACACAAUGAGCGCAACAGCCGUCAGGGGCUUGCUCUCGGGGCGAUGCCUGGCCACGCGGAGCACACGGCCGCCAACGAAUGCGGUGGCGGCAAUGGCCGCGGUCGCCGCCGCAGCAGCAGCAGCAAAUCCUAGCAGCAACACCAUGGCGGGGCCAACAAACCAGGGCCGGCAACAGCAGAAGAGGGGCCUGCACGGCUCGGCGGCGCUCUCGGCGCGGCGCAGGCCGCGGUUCAAGAGCGUGCAGGCGGACAAGAUGGGGCUGACGACGCCCGAGAAGGUGGACGAGUUCACGGGCCAGCACUUCCCCGACUACACCGAGGCGGACCUGGCGAGGCUCGCCGAGGCCUACGGGCCCGAGCAGAUGGAGGCGUUGCGGGCGGGCGAGGCGGCCGUGGAGGCGCGCGACCUCACGGUCCAGGGCCGGCUGCGGCGGGACCCCUACCAGCUCGGCUACGUCGACGACCUGGCCACGGUCCGGCCCAUCGUGGACCGGCGCGCGCGCGCGCGGCCGGCGCCCGACACGCGCUCGCGCUUCAUGACGCCCGACGAGUUCACCGACGACUUCCUCGGCUGGCUGCAGGGGUUCGUGCCCGAGGACGUCAACCUCGAGGGCAUGUCCGAGGACGAGCUCGCGGCCACCAUCGACAAGUACGCGCCCUCCAACCUCGACGUGUUCAAGUACUUCAACGAGCGCUCGUCCAUGACGGACGGCGGGCGCGGGUCCAACUCGGCCCUGGCGCCCGCGCUCAUGGACAAGGUCCCCGGCGUGGCGGGCAAGUUCAAGCGGGCAUCGGACCCCGAGGACCGCGGCAUGGACGAGGCGGGCGUGUACCAGGACCUAAAGAAGAUCACGGGCCUGACAGUGCCGCAGAUGAUCGACAUGCCGUCAAAGUUCCUCGUCCAGCGCACCGUCACCAACCAGACGCGACUCGGCAAGAUCAUGAGCUGGCACGUCAUGUGCAUGGUCGGCAACCACAACGGCCGCAUCGGCCUGGGCGAGGCCAAGUCGACGGAGCUCAUGACGGCCCGCACAAAGUCGCGCCUACAGGCCAUCAAGAGCAUGAUGCCCAUCCGCAGGUACGAGAACCGCACCAUCUUUGGCAAGUCCGAGGCCAAGGUGUCGGGCACCAUUGUGCAGAUGUUUUCUCGCCCGCCAGGAUUCGGCCUCCGCGUGUCUCACAGAGUAUUCGAGAUUUGCCGCCUGGCCGGCAUCAAGGACCUCUCGGCGCGCAUCCCGCGGUCCAGGUGCCCCAUGAAUACGGUCAAGGCCACCAUAAAAUGCCUGACGGGCCAGGUCGACCCCGAGGCCAUGGCCAUCGGGCGGGGCCGGAAGCUGGUGGAUGUGAGGAAGGUCUACUACGGGGGCGCCGUGUAUUAAUCAUGAAUUCAUUCUUGUGCCUCUUGCGGCAAACAAGAAAUCAACCAACGAAAAAAGAAACGCUUUCCUCAAUCUCGUGGUGCCUUGGUAGAAAACAUCCCACGGGUUGCUACCCUCAGUAGCAAUCCGCUUUGACAUGGCCAUAUACGCCCCAAAGUGCUGAUGAAUAUCAUGACGCCUGCUUUGCCCC